UCCAACUGUCCAAUAUCACACGUCACAAGUUUGACAGCUUUAGAUCGUCAAAUCAGAUUGCUUGGAGAGAGGGGAUAGAGCUCAGGCUUUACUACUCCUGCAAAAUUAAGAUUAGUUAUAGUCUACUUACUCACCUCCCCCAACCCACGCAGCAGUUCUCCUUACAGGUUCGGAGCGUUCCCGGAGCCCCACACGCGCCCUACUCCGUGUGACCCUACCUUCACCAUGAGCACUGCCCUGACUUGUCAAGAUCUGAGCUUUGUAGGGGGCCAACUCUACAACUGCCCUUACCCAGCCCCAACGUCGGCAGACAGUGUUGACGUUUCCACGGUGACUGUGGCCUCCUUUUGGGCCGCUGGUCCCCCGGACGACACAGCAUGCCAGCACGAGCCAACACAGCGGGAACUCUACUCUUGCUUGGACUUUGGGACCUCUCGACCUGACCCAAUCUGGACUGACCACCUGUCACCACAUUUGCAGAGAAACAAGCAGCUUCAAGACACGUUGAUACAGAGAGAGGGGGAACUGGCAAGACUGCAUGAGGAAAAUAACAAACUCAAAGAAUUCUUAAACUCUUCAUUUGUGAAAACGUUGGAGGAAAAAACAAAGAGACUUCUCUCUGCUCAGAGUGGCGAUAGGAAGAGGGACCGGAAGCGGAAUUCCGAAAUCCAGAAUCUGCAUGGUGUUGGAGAAUUCCGGAACCUCAGUGCCAGUCAGCUUCUCCUUGGUUCUCAGGUGAAACGGACCUGCCGGAACUUGUCCCUGCAGUUCUGUUCAGAAGAGGAGCUAGCCAGCACCCCACCUGUGGACCUGUGGAUCCUGCAGACCUUGGGCCUGAAGGACGAGGACACCAUCGAUACAACAUCCACUGAAUACAGCUUUAACUCCUCCAUUGACUCCCUCACCAAAUGUAGCACCAUCACAGACUCCUCUGGUGACUACUGCCAAACAACCGAUCAUAAAUCCACCGCUUAUGACACACCUACUGAUGGCCCUGGUCAUGGUGCCAGUGUAGGACUAUACACUGAUUACUGCUUUAACACCAACAGUGCCUACAGUGUCUCUACAGACUCCGUCUCUAACUUCACUGGAACUGUGCCUUCUACUCCAUACAGCCCUAGCAUAGAAGUCACCCCCAAUUUCCAGGCCCCACUGCCCCAAUUAGUCAACACUCUCUCGUCAAUUGACCCAAUACAGCCAUUCAGACCAAUCUUAGCCUCCUCUCCCAACCUGUCUCAGGACAGUAGUCCAGGGCUGUACCACACACCCAGCCCUCACUACCGUAGCCCCUCCAGUCCUGUAGGGGGUGAUGUGACGACUCAGUACCCUGAACUGUCUACCCCACGUGGCCGGACAGAGCUAGCUUUCAGCAUGUCCCUAAACCCUUCCAGCAGCGUCAGACUCAAGACACACAGCUUUCCUCAGGGACAGGCCUUCGUCCGCAAGGACACCCUGGGAGGCUGGAACUUCACCUGGGUCCCCAAACAAGGCCUGUAAGCCUCAUUUAUGUCCUACGGACAGAGGCAAGAACUACAAUAAGCUAUGCAAAUUAGCGACCCUGCGUAGUUGCAUAGCAAGAAUAAGCAAACGUUGCAGCCCCGUGAUUUGUAACAAGAUGCAAAUAACUAGACGCAAAUACUUAGGAUCGCCAUUUUGCGUAGGUAACUGUGUUUGUGCAUAGGCCUGAAGGAAAAGCAUAAGAGGUAGCUAGCUGCUAAUCCAAAGGACGUUGGAUAACUUGCUGUUCUAAAAGAGAGAAUGACUGCCACAGAGACAAUUGCCCUUGUUGCAAUAAAACACUGUUAACCAUAGAGAAGUAAAGCACUGCCCUGUACCCUUCAGCUGCAUACACAUAACUGGAAAAAACAGCCUUAAAGCAGCAGUGCAGUUUGUCAAAGUCACACUGCCUAGUGCUUACAGCCUUGAGCACUUUGAACACUUCACCUGUACUGUAGAAGAACAACACAACGUUUACAGAUAGUAAACAGGUUGUAAAAUGUAGCCUGUAGAUGUUGAUCAAAUUUACCCCUAAGCUAUAACAAUGUUAUUAAUGAGACAUUAAUAAGACAGCUGCCUGACAAAAGUGCCCGACAGAAGUCUACUAGUUUAAUUUGAAUGUGUAAAUAAUCCUACUACAUAUUAACCCUACUUUGAGUGUCAAUGGCGUUAUAGGGAACAGAGUUUUUCUUUAGUCAUUUCAAAUGGUCAGUAAAAAGUUGUGAUGCUAGCAAUCGGGGCUCAAUCAAACAAGGCACAGUAUCUGACCGGUACCCAAGGACACGCUCCCUAGAUUUACACCAUGGAUACACUAAUUUGACCAAAAGUAUGUGGACGCCUGAUCGUCAAACAUCUCAUUCCAAUAUCAUGGGGAUUAAUGUGGAGCGGGUCUCCGUUUUGCUGCUAUAACAGCCUCCACUCUUCUGGGAAGGCUUUCCACUAAACGUUGGAACAUUGCUGCGGGGACUUGCUUCCAUUCAGUCACGAGCAUUAGUGAGGAUGGGCACUGAUGUUGGCCGAUUAGGCCUGGCUCGCAGUCGGCGUUCCAAUUCAUCCCAAAGGUGACGAUGGGGUUGAGGUCAGGGCUUUACACCACUCCAGCAAGCUUUACACCACUCCAGCAAGCUUUACACCACUCCAGCCGUGACUUGGCAUUGCGCAUGGUGAUCUUAGGCUUGUGUGCAUUUACUCAGCCAUGGAAACCCAUUUCAUGACGAAGAGUUCUUGUGCUGAUGUUGCUUCCAGAGGCAUUUUGGAACUCGGUGGUGAGUGUUGCAACCGAGGACAGACGUUGUUGCUCCUGUACGUUUCCAAUUCACAAUAACAGACCUUACAGUUGAACGAAGCAGCUCUAGCAGGGCAGAAAUUUGACAAGCUGACUUGUUGGAAAGGUGGCAUCCUAUGACGGUGCCACGUUGAAAGUCACUGAGCUCUUCAGUAAGGCCAUUCUACUGCCAAUGUUUGGCUAUGGAGAUUGCAUGGCUGUGUGCUCGAUUUUGUCAGCAACAGGUGUGGCUGAAAUAGCUGAAUCCAGUAAUUUGAAGGGAUGUCCACAUACUUUUGUAUAUAUAGUGUAUCUAUGGUGUAUAUAUCUAGUGAGCUUUUCCUGGUGUUUGAAAAAAGAACUGGUCCUACUGAAAGCGUUUUACACACUGCCGACAAAAACUAGAGUAAAAUGAGACCUUCCAGUCACUACAAACCCCUGUAAUACACUGUCUCUUGAGUUUAUAUGUACACAAUGUGAUUUUUUAAAUUUUGUAUGUUGACCUGAGUUUGUGAUCAAAAAAAGAAAUACUGAUUAGCAAUUUUCUCUGUGAAUGUUGUUCCACAUACUUUGACAUAAUCUGCUUUAAAGCCAGUUUGAUCACA